AUGGAAGGAACUGGAGGCAGCAGUGCCUCUGCUGCUGCUGCGCAACCUGUGAAUCAGUACUGGCAGGAAUUUUCGAAGCUAUUUCAAUAUUAUUUGGAUAAAUCUACGCCACACUCUACGUAUAGAUGGAUUGGGACUUUUGUUAUUGCAUCUAUAUAUCUUUUAAGGGUUUUUUAUAUUCAAGGAUUUUACAUUGUGUCUUAUGGACUGGGAAUCUAUAUGCUGAAUCUGUUGAUUGGGUUCCUGUCACCUUUAGUUGAUCCUGAGAUGGAGCCUUCUGAUGGACCUUUGCUACCAACUAAAGGGUCUGAUGAGUUCAAACCAUUCAUUCGCCGGCUUCCUGAGUUUAAGUUCUGGUAUUCUUUCACAAAAGCUUUCUGCAUUGCAUUUUUGAUGACAUUCUUCUCUGUAUUUGACGUACCUGUCUUCUGGCCAAUAUUACUCUGUUACUGGGUUGUUCUGUUUGUCCUUACAAUGAGGCGCCAAAUUGCACACAUGAUCAAAUACAGAUAUAUUCCAUUCAGCUUGGGAAAACAGAAGUACGGUGGCAAGAGAUCUUCUGGAAGUAGCAGUGGCUCUCGGGCAGACUGA